AUGGACCCGCGGUCCUUCGCGGCGACGGGCCUCUCGCCGGAGACCCUGGCCUGCAUCGCCGACGACUUCGGCUUCAAAGUCAUGACGCCCGUGCAGGCGGCGUCGAUCCCGCUCAUGCUGGGCAACAAGGACGUCGUCGCCGAGGCCGUCACGGGCUCCGGGAAGACGCUGGCCUUCGGCGCGUCGGCCGUCGAGCUCGUCGCCGCCGCGAAGGCCAACGAGCCCGGCCCGGGCCCGCGCUGCGUCUGCGUGUCGCCGACGCGGGAGCUCGCGACGCAGACGUUCGCCGUGCUCCGGAAGCUCUGCGCCGCCAAGGCGCUCGCGGCGUCCCUCGUCGUCGGCGGCGCCGCCAUGGAGCGGGCCGUCCGCGACGACGUCGUCGUGGCGACGCCCGGCCGCCUCGACGACCUGCUGAAGCGGGGCGCGAUGGACGGCCGCCGCGUCGCCGUCCUCGUGCUCGACGAGGCCGACACGCUCCUCGAGCUCGGCUUCGCCGAGGAGCUCGAGCGCAUCAUGCGGGCCCUGCCGCGCCAGCGGCGCACGGCGCUCUUCUCCGCGACGCAGACGCGCGCCGUCGCGGAGCUCGCGCGCGCGGGGCUCCGGAAUCCGGCGACGGUCCGAGUCCGG